AUGAGCGCGUUCCGGGCGGCAUUGGGAUUGCUGUUCCUGGGGAUGCUUCGAGCCUUCCCAAAGGAUCGACUGCUCAAGAGCACCUGUGCUGGAGAUCUCAGCUACAACCCCGGGGAGGCUGUGGGGAGCUGCUGUCACCGUUGCCCCUCAGGGUUGUCUCCAACACAGCCAUGCCCACAGGGCCCUGCCCACUGCAGGAAGCAAUGUGAUCCCGACCACUACGUGAAUGAGGAUGGACACUGUACAGCCUGCGUGACCUGUUUGAAAGGUCUUGUGGAGAAGGCUCCGUGUUCCUGGAACUCUUCUCGCGUCUGUGAGUGUCAGUCCGGCACGUACUGUAAGACGCGGGCUGUCAAUUCCUGCGCCCGCUGCUCCCAACAUUCCCGCUGUUCUGGGGGCCAGGUCGUCAAGUUCCCAGGCACAGCAGAGAAGGACACUAUCUGUGAGCUGCCUUCCCCAGGACCUGGCCCCGAUUGCUCCAACCCAGAUGACUGCAAGACAUUUACUAGCCAUGCCACUGCUCAGGCCACACCUACUCUAAAGCCCUCAGCCACCGACAGUCUGAGGAGCUCACUGCCAGAAGGGAACACCCACCCUGUGCAGGAAGAUGCUGCUGAGCUGUCGAAGGUUCCAGAGUCUCCGUCUUCCCAGGCAAGGGAGCCCAGUCCAGACCCAGAUAAUGCAGAGAUGAAUAUGACCUUGGAGCUGCCACCUUCAGGGACCCUUCCUGACUUCAGCACCUCAGAAAACAGCGAGGAGCCUGCCAGUACCGCCUCUACCCUGAGCCUCCUGGUGGACGCCCAGACCAGCAGCAGGCUGCAGCCCACUUCUCCCUUGUCCACAGGAACACCUUUUCUGGAUCCAGGGCCCAUGUUCCUCUGGCUGGCCAUGGUGAUGCUGCUCCUUGGUUUUAGCUCCUUCUUCCUAUGUCACUGGAAGGCCUGCAGGAGGCGGAUCCAACAGAAGUUUCGCCUGGACUACCUAACCCAAACCUUCCAGCCAAAGAUGGAACAGGGGGAUUCCAAACCUAUUGAAAAACCAACUCAGCCAAAGAGAAGCGGGUCAGUGACAGAUGCCAGCGCAGGACACAAGUUGAGCCCUGUGAACCCUCCAACCGUGGAGAUCUGUACCAAUGUUGGGGCAGCCUUCCUGGAGAGCCUGCCACUGUUGGAUGACAGCACAGCUGGGAAUCCUUUGACCCCCAGGGAACCUCCAGAGACCCGGGUAUCCACGGAACACACGAAUAAUAGGAUUGAGAAGAUCUACAUCAUGAAGGCUGACACGGUGAUUGUGGGCUCUGUAAAGACCGAAGUCCCUGAGGGCCGGGGUCUGGCGGGAUCUCCGGAGCCUGAGCUUGAAGCGGCAUUGGAAGUGGACCAUGCCCCUCACUACCCAGAGCAGGAGACAGAACCACCUCUGGGCAGCUGCACUGAGGUCAUGUUCUCAGUGGAGGAAGGGGGAAAAGAGGACCAUGGGCCCACCACGGUCUCUGAGAAGUGA